AUGCCAUUCUUUGUUGCUCUGAUUUCAUCCCCACUAAAAACCCAUUUCAAAUUUCCCAUCCGCUUGCUAAAUUUAUCGAUUAUAAACCGGUCACUAACUUCAUUAGUUAGCGAAAAUAAUGUCCGUUCUCUAAAUUCGGCUAUUAGAGAAUUUUCGGUAUCUGGUUUGUCAGAGAAAGUUCUUGACAUUUAUGUGACUCUUCGACUUUCAGGUUUCAAACCUGACAAUUUUACUUUCCCCUUCGUUCUCAAAGCAUGUGGCCAUCUCAACACCCUUAAAGACGGCCAAGCAGUUCAUACCCACAUUUUAAAAGUUGGAUUUGAAACAGAUGUCUACGUGGCAAACUCUUUGAUUGAUAUGUAUGCCAAAUGUGAAUGCUUAGAAGAAGCAGAAAACGUUUUCGAUAAAAUGCCUGAGAGAAACUUAACUUCCUAUUAUUCCCUUGUUUCUGGAUAUAAACGUAAUGGUUUUGUGUAUGAAGCCUUGGAGCUCUGUGAUUUCAUGAGAAUUCUUGGCCUUAAGCAUGAUAGAGUGGGUUUAAAGAUCAUUUUCCCUCUUUGUGCUCUGUCUCAGUGUCUAAAGCUUGGAGAAUCUAUCCAUGCUUAUGCAAUUGCUUCCAAUUUAUCAUCAGAUUUGGGAGUAAAGACUGCUAUUUUAGAUAUGUAUGCCAAGUGUGGAAUGUUAGAAGCUGCUCGAGAAAUAUUUGAUGGUAUUUUGGUCAAGGAUGUGGUGGUUUGGAAUGCUAUGAUGAGUGGGUAUUUGGGUACUAAGAAGCCUGAGAAAGUGCUCCAGUUGCUUAGAGAGAUGUGCUUGGAGAGAGUACCGCUAUCUUUAGUUACAGUUUUGUUAGUUCUUCAAGCUUGUGCUGAUUUAGCAGCUCUUAACCAGGGGAAAUUUACCCAUGGGCACAUUAUCAAGCUCGGGCUUGAGUCGAAUGCUAAGGUAGAGGGGCUCUUGAUAGACAUGUAUUCAAAAUGUGGAAGCUUGAAUUCAGCUUCGAAAGUGUUCAAUUCUAUCAGCGGAGGAAAUGUUAACUCAUGGAGCGCAAUGAUAUCAGGGCUUGGGAUGCAUGGUUACGGAAGAGCGUCUCUCAUGGUUUUCUUCGGUAUGAUGAAGAGAAAUAUCGAACCAGAUUGGGUCACUUUUCUCUGUAUUUUGGCUUCGAGUAGCCAUUGUGGGUUGGUUAAAGAAGGGGAAAAGUUUUUCGAUUAUAUGUCCCGUGGAUUUGGAAUUGAGCCAAGAAUGGAGCACUAUACCUGCAUGGUAGAUCUUCUAGGACGUGCAGGACACAUAGAGGAAGCUUUAAGGUUUAUUCAAGGAAUGCCAAUAGAGGCGGAUGCAAGUGUAUGGGGGGCUUUCUUAGGGGGAUGUAAGAUUCAUGGCAAGACUGAUGAGGGUCAAAGUUUAGAGAGAGAGAUUGUAAACUUGGGUCCAAGAACUGGAGAUUGCUAUGUACUUCUGUCAAGUUUCAAUGCUGAAAAGGGGAAUUGGGAUGGUGUGAUGAAGACGAGAGGGCUGAUGAGAGAGAGGACAGUGAAGAAGACACCAGGAUGUAGUUUAAUUCAAGUGAAUGGCUGA